GGUUAAUGGGGGGAACUGAUACACAGAAGCAACUCCUGUCUCUGAUCCGUGACUUUGUCUCUGAAAAGUCUCGGGGAGAAAGAAGAUUGAUUGGUUUAAAGAAGCGAAUUGAGGAACUCCAAUCUGAGGUAGAUGUAGCGAAUGGACAGCUUGAAGAUUCCAAGCACUUGAAAGAAGCAACUGAGCAGAAGCUUAAAGGCUAUGAAGUUGAGCUGGCUCUGAAUGAAGCUUCAACUCAAGCUCUAGAGGCUAGGAUUUCCCUUAUUCGAAGUCAGAUUUCCACAGUUGGAGAUAAAGUUGAGGCUCUUAAGAAUGAAGAGCAAACAUUGAGCGAUCGAUUUAUUGGACAAAUGUUUGAAUUGAAUGCCAAGAUAAGGAAAUUCCGAGAAACAAUAGGUUGUAGUUUUCAGAAAGAGAACGGCACUGGGACUGCAGCAGAAGAAAGGAAAAAAAUUUCUACGAUAAAUGAGACUGAAAUUACUUCAAGAAACCUUGAGGAUAUGCUUGCGCAAGUACUUUCUCAAAUAGCUAAGGCGGAAGAAGAGUAUCUGGUAGGACAAGAUACUCAAAAGCAGGUCCAGCUGGAGUUGACCGAGUAUGAAAGGAAUGUGUCGAUGAUGGAAGUGAUAAUGAAAGAAACAAGGGAAUUGCAAGAUCUAACAAGAUAUCCUUAUAAUUUUUUUCAGUAUACUAAAUGAUAACUGUUAAUUCAUGACUUGUGCAUAGAUUUUUUGGAAUAACAAAGGAAGCACAAGAUGGAAAAUAAGCAAGAAAAAAAGUAAAGCGAAUGGUUCACAAGUGAUUUUUGGUUAUUUAUACAAACCAAGAAUCCAUGUCAAUAUUGAAG